GGUGCAUCUAUGCGCUUAAUUUUGUGAUAUAUUUUUAUAUAAGUAGUAGGGUUUUAUUCUAAGCUUUUUAUUUUUCUUUAUCCAACAGUGGAUGAUAACUUUGCUAUGUCCACAAGUCGCAUUUCUCUUGGAUGGGCAUGCUUUCUGUGAAUUGAUGCACCAUGCAGCUACUUAAUCAGUUCAUUGGCCGUGGCUUAGGUUCAUCUGACUAUUAUUAUGCCCUAUAACACUACUACGGAUCCGUAAUCAGUCUCCGAUGAUGUUUCCUUUGGCUCCGCGGCUGCAUCAACAGUGGUCCGGGAGUCUUUGUACGAAAACGGGGCGGAUACGCUGGAGGUUGAGCUCAACCCCUCCUCCGUCAAGUGGCUGGAGUCGGUGAAGUCCCUGUCUUCCCAAGGCCGGCGAGUGGGUCCAGCGGUAGGUCGAUUUCAUGUGUGAGUUGGCCGCCGGCCCGGGUACUAGGGAGGUCGCUGAUGCCGCGCCCUCUUCACCUUCCGUAGUGGCAUUGUCCGGGUCUACAACACCGCCUCUGAAAGUGAAAAACGUGGCGAAGAGGCGGCAUUCCGCGUUCUUAACUUUGCGCGGGUGCAGUGAGUUGUGUUGAAUGUCGAGAGCCCCCAGGACUCUCUGCUCUACGCGGUGUUUGACUUUCCGAUGCGUACGCUUUUUCACGAAAAAAACAUUCCCAGUGACGACUUUAAUCAAGACGAUCACAUCGCCACUACACGCAAAGUGGUGGUAGCGGUGGAGGGCGCGUUUUUCCUUAUGAAUAUGAUCGUUUUCUUAGCGGUGUUUUAUCGUUUGCGUAAUCAAACCAAGAAGUACACCGAUAAGGUAAACUCAACAGAGCCGACAGAAUCCAUCCAGUCUAUGAAUGAAAUUCCAUGUUGAUCCAAGGCGGUAAGUAUACAUACUUUAUUUUCCUAUACCAUGUGUGUCAUACAAUGCAAUAUAUUAUCAUUGCUGUUAUUACUAUUAUGGUUAUCCUUAA